AUGGGUUUUUUCAGCUCCGUUGGACGCGGGCUUGACAAGUUCGCAAUGUACACAGUAAACAGUGUUGCCACAAACGCCCCGCAGAACCAGGGAAUCGUCGUUGGUGACAUUCCUCCUGGGAACAUGCCCUCCAAGGGUCACCGACCAUGCCCUGAGCACUUGUUGCCGAAAAAGAGCGAAAAGGCUUCGGUGCAAAAUGAAGCCGCCUCUCAAUCGAAGGUUGUGGAUUCAAAGGUUGUAAAUAAUAUGCUUGGAUAA